AUGGCUGCAGAGCCUCUGCCCGAAUCUGAUCGUGGAGUGCUGCUGCCCACACCAGAGCGAAGUGGAGCCGCCUUCUCCUUCCCCUAUGCACAGCCUUACUCCAUCCAGCUCGAUCUCAUGACGGCCCUCUUUGAGGCGAUCGAGGAGCGCAAGGUGGCCGUCUUUGAGAGUCCCACGGGCACGGGAAAGUCGCUCAGUCUCAUUUGUGCAACUUUUACGUGGCUGCGAGCCAAUGCACAGAGGACAGCAGCGCAAUGGCAGGACGACGAGCUGGAGCAGGACAAGGCCGCGUCCGAAGAUGGUCAAGCCUUGUCCACCAAAGAGCCGCGGGAGCCAGCUUGGGUGCUCAAGCAGGCUGCUGAGCGACGCAAAAAGGAUGCAAUGAGGGCUGAAGAGGAUCUCAAGGAACGCAUCGCGAUGGUUAGGAGAAAGGAAGCGGAGCUGAGGAAACGGGCAAAGGAAGAGGCAGCAAGGCAAGGGGCGUCGAGCUUUGUACAUAAAAAGCAGCGCACGGCCAUGGCAGAUGGCGGCGACGACAAAGACGACAGUGAUGAGGGUGGUGAUGAUGCCUUCUUGCCCUCUACCCUUGGCUCCUCAGGUCAUGGCGACGAGGACUCCAACUUGACGCCAGCUGUACGGGCCUUGAUGGCCCAAUUCUCGUCAGGCGGCGGCAGGAACAGCGAGGUGGAUGAGCUGCCCGAGACGAUGCCCAAAGUCAUCUAUGUCUCUCGCACGCACUCGCAGCUGAGCCAAUUUGUCGCCGAGCUCAAGAAGACGGCCUUCGGCAAGGACCAUGCAACAGAGGAAACGCAAGGCCCCGCUAGAGUCAUCCCGCUAGGCAGUCGCAAGCAGAUGUGCAUCAACGAAAAGGUGCAAAAGGUCGGCGCAAAGUCGGGGGCCGAAGCCAUGAAUGAGGCGUGCAAAGACGCUGUCUCGUCAAAGAAGCAACGCUGCAAGUUCCUGCCUCCCUUGGAUGAGGCGGGCAGAGCGAAAGUGCUCGACUUCAGGGAUCGAGCCAUGGCAUCGGUGAAGGACAUCGAGGAUCUCGUCGAGAUGGGCAAGGACAUGGAGACGUGUCCCUACUAUGCAGCGAGGACGAGCGCCAGGCAAGCCGAGCUGGUCACGCUGCCGUACAGCUUGCUCCUGCAGAAGACGGCCAGAGAAACGCUGGGCAUCUCGCUGAAGGGCUCAAUCGUUCUGGUUGACGAGGCGCACAAUCUCAUCGACACGGUGCUCGCCGUCCAUACUUGCUUCAUCAAUUCGACGCAGCUCACAGUCGCAAAGGGUCAGAUCGAAGAGUACCUUCGUCGAUUCGGGGGCAGGCUGCGCGGCGACUCUGAGGUCCACCUUCGCACGCUGCGUCGCCUUCUUGAUGGCCUCGAGAAGCUUUGCAGCAGGUGGGCGCAAAGCAAGACAAAGACCAAAGCGUCGACGCCUGGCGCGCAAGACGAGGAGGUGUGGACCGCAGCCCGUGUCAUCAGCGAGCUCGGCGGCAAUCUCGAUACCAUCAACUUUGCGCAGCUGGAGCGCUUCCUCAAGGAGGGCCAGAUUGCUAGGAAAGUCAGCGGGUAUGCCGAGAAGCAAGCAGCUAAGGCUGAGGUCGCGAACCAGCAAGAGACCAGCAAGAAAGACGUGGCGUUGCGCCCUUCUGCCAUCUCGUCCAUGCACUCCAUUGAGUCCUUUCUCCUCUCGCUGUCCAAUCGUACACAAGAUGGGCGAGUUCUCCUCACUUUACUCCGCCAUGUCGACGGUCGCCCUCCUGCUGUCCAACUCAAGUACCAGCUGCUCAACCCCAGCGAAGCGUUCCAACCCAUCGUAGACGAAGCGCGCGCGGUGAUUCUCGCGGGAGGGACAAUGGAGCCCAUCUCAGAUGUACGGCUGCAGCUCGUUCCUACUCUCCGCGCUCACCGCUGGUCCCAUUUCUCAUGCGGCCACAUCGUCCCCUCGUCGAAUCUGUUCUGCUCCGUCGUGGCCUCUGGACCACGCGGCAUGCCCUUCGACUUCAAAUUUGGCAAUCGAAACGACGUGCAUCUGCUCGACGACUUGGGCAACGCGCUUGCCAACUUUGCCGCUAUCGUGCCGCACGGUAUCGUCGUCUUCUUGCCAUCGUAUCGUUUUCUCGACGACACGGUGGCGAGGUGGAAGGAGCAAGGCCUCUGGAAGCGACUCGAGGCGAGGAAGCGUGUCUUUACUGAGCCCAAAUUAGCCAGCGAGGUCGACGCUACGCUGCGGCAGUACUCGGAUGCCAUUGAUGCUGCGGCUUCAGCGUCGAGCACCGUGACCGGCUCUUUGCUCCUCGCCGUCGUUGGCGCCAAACUGUCUGAAGGCAUCAAUUUCAGCGAUCGACUAGCCCGUGCAGUCGUCAUGGUAGGCAUGCCCUUCCCAAACUCGCAAAGUGCUGAGCUCAAGGAGAGGAUGAGGCACGUCAAGGAAACGGCAGCAACUCACACUCUGAGCAAGCCAGGCUCUGACGCCGGUCGAGAGCUCUACAUCAAUCUGUGCAUGAAGGCUGUCAAUCAGUCCAUCGGCAGAGCGAUUCGUCACCAAGGAGACUUUGCGGCUCUCCUGCUCCUGGAUGGCCGGUACGGGAAGCAAGAUAUACGCAAUCGUCUGCCUGCGUGGAUACGCGGGCAAACCAAGUCCGAUACUGGUGCAGGGUUCGGUGCCGUUGUGAAGGACCUGGGCGCUUUCAUCAGGGAGAAGAGGGCAAAGGGCUUGCUUUGA